CUCCACUUUUAAUGAGCGCUGCGAUCAUGCAAGACUAAAACUCCAGGUUGAAAACAGCGCCUGCACACACGCUCCGAAGUGAUAGUCAAUGAAAGAGUGACGACCGCGCAGGGAAUUACAUUUCUUUCUUUUUUGCCCCCCAACGUUUUCAGGAUUAUUUUCUAUCAUCUCAGGCUGCGAGGUUAAACAAGGACGCCUGGCUGACCCGAAGCACCAUGAUCAGAGCAUCACUCACUGCCAUCUGCCUCGCGCUCCUCCUGUCCUGUGCCUGCCGGGCCAAGCCCAACGGAUCAAAGAACAAGAAACCAAAGCAAGUUGUUCCGGAAAUAGAGUGCGACGUCAGAGCAGGAAAGAUCAACCUCCCAGAGUUCAUAGUGAAAUGUCCGGCGCACUGUAAGGAAACCAAGCAACAGGUCUACGGAACGGGCGUGUUCGCCUCCAUCUCCAGCAUCUGCAAUGCAGCCAUCCACAGUGGCAUCAUCACAAACUCAGGGGGGAAGGUGAUAGUGAACAAGAUGGCCGGGCAGAAUUCCUACAAGGGCAGCAAUUCCUACGGGGUGCGAUCCCUUUCUCUUCCUAAGUGGAGGGAAUCGUUCGUCGUCUCAGUGGGGAAGCCCAAGAAAGGAGUCAUCUACCCUUCUACGCUGGAUUAUGUCCCUUCAAGACCAACCUAUGUGAAAACAAGUCAAAAGGACGGCAAACCUGCGGCCACCACGGCGCUGCCCGCGACAACAACAACCACACCUGAGCCCACCACGACGACUCCCGAACCCACCACCACCACCGCCACCACCACACUGCCUCCAACCACAACCACCACCACAACCACAACGCCUCCCCCAGCUCCCUCUACUGCCAAGCCCAGAGCCGCUGUCCACAAAAUCAGGGAUGCAGGCAGCGGUCACCCGUACCUUGCCCAUGUGGCAGGCUCAAGUUCAAGACAGACACAGAAUGGAAAGAGUCCCAGCCAAGUAUUCAGAGGAAGUUCCUAUCCGAAUAGAUUCCCUCAACGUGCCAGUGCAGGCCUGCGCAGACCAGAGGGUGGCUCGGCGAUCAGGAGGCAGCCGUCUUCUCCAGUCGGCCCAGCUUAUAACAGGGUUCAGCCUAUUUCACCCGAGCGGACUCCAACCAUGAGCCAGUCCAACCCCGCUUUUCCCAGAAGGGAUUGGCCUCCACCACCUUUUCCGCGCCCUGACUGGUUCCCUGCGGCUCGACGACCAGCAGAUAUUAGUUAUGCAGUCCCAGACUCAGGAUACACGUGGACCGAGACGGACACAUCUGACGUUCCAGCCCGGGAGCGCAGGCCUGAUAUCUCAGACUUUGAGCGCUGGUUUUAUAACUUUGGACCAUACCCCCCCCGAUCCGCUGACUCAAACGGAAACCAAAGGAUGCCACUGGAUACAACCCACACUAAAGUGGAGCCAGUGGAUGCCUGGAAGCCAGAACCAAACGUUUAUGAAUCAGGUUUCAACCCCAGAGAAGAGGUCCCUGUUCCCAGAGUACCUGAGCCCGUGUCACAAGGAGACCCAAAUUGUAAGGUGGACCUUGUGUUCCUCAUGGAUGGGAGCUGGAGCAUUGGCAAGCGGCGCUUUAAGAUCCAGAAGGACUUCCUCACUGAGGUGGCUCAGACCAUCAACGUGGGUGUGGCUGGACCCAUGAUGGGCAUCAUUCAAUAUGGAGACGACCCUGUGACAGAGAUCAGCCUGAAGUCUUACUCCAGCUCCAGAGACGUGAAGUCCGGCAUAGAUAAGAUCGUGCAGAAGGGAGGCCUCUCCAAUGUGGGAAAGGCCCUCUCCUACAUCAACAAGCAGUAUUUCAGUGACGCCAAUGGAAACCGAGGAGGAGCCCCCAACGUGGCAGUGGUGCUGGUGGACGGCUGGCCCACAGACAAGGUGGAAGAGGCGUCUCGUCUCGCCCGAGAGUCGGGCAUCAACAUAUUCUUUGUCACCAUUGAAGGUCCCGACGACAGCGAGAAGCAAAACCUAGUAGAGGCCAACUUUGUUGACAAGGCCGUGUGUCGGACAAAUGGGUUCUUCUCCCUCCCUGUGAACAGCUGGUUUGCCCUGAGGAAGGCCGUGCAGCCCCUGGUGAAGAGGGUGUGCGACACAGACCGCCUGGUGUGCAGCAAAACCUGCCUCAACGCCAACGACAUCGCCUUCGUCAUCGACGGCUCCAGCAGCGUGGGUACCGGCAACUUCCGCACGGUGCUGCAGUUUGUGGCCAACGUCACGCGGGAGUUUGAGAUCUCUGACACGGACACGCGGGUCGGGGCCGUGCAGUACACCUACGAGCAGAGGCUGGAGUUCGCUUUCGGGCAGUACAACAACAAGGCCGAGCUUCUGAACGCCAUCAAGCGCAUCAACUACUGGAGCGGCGGGACCAGCACCGGCGCUGCCAUCACCUACGCCGCCGAUCAGCUCUUCAGCAAAUCCAAACCCAACAAACGCAAGAUCAUGAUCGUCAUCACGGACGGGCGCUCUUACGAUGACGUCAGGGUGCCUGCGCUGGCUGUCCACAGCCAAGGUGUGAUCGCCUACUCCAUUGGCAUCGCCUGGGCAGCCCAGGACGAGCUGGAGUACAUCGCCACGGACCCCGACAAGGAGCACUCGUUCUUCGUGGACGAGUUCGACAACCUCUACAAGUUUGUGCCCAAGAUCAUCAACAACAUCUGCCAGGAGUUCAACUCGCAGCCCAGAAACUGAAGACGGAGGACGAGGUUGAGGGAGGGGGGGAGAUAGGCGAACAUCCUGAAUCUUGGGCCGUCCUUACAGAACAGUGACUGUAAAUUUACACAGAUGGUGGGUCCCCAUAUUUGAGGAGGGAGGGGUUUGAAUUUAGGUGAGGAUUGGGGGUUUGGAAGAAAAAAAAAUCUAUCAGCAUUGAAUCCCAAAUAAACAGACAGUGGUAGCAGUAAAGGAUUUACACACACAGACUGAGGUACCAGUUGUGAAGAGCCCCUCUGUUUCAAACUAGUGGGGCUGAUAAGUCACCCUUUUUAAAACCUCUGCUUUAUUAAUGUUAACAAAUAAUUUACUAAUGCUUUGCAUGUCACAACCUGGCGACACAACAGUUUGCUUAUUAUGUAAAACUGAUCUGUAGAGACUGGAAACAUUUUAUGUCUAACUACAAGUAAAAGCACGAAAUCGUAGGGAUUUCUAUCACAUUUACGAACCUCAAAGAGUUUCUUCAAUAAGGUGUUAGUAAAUGAUUUAUUCACAUUUAUUAAGGCACUUAAGAUACCUUAGGAGUGGUGCCAAAAAAGGGUACAACAAACAGUCUUACUGGGAUAUGGUGCUUGCUGAGAGACGUAGAUUUGAAAAAAAAAACAAAAAAAACACGCCUAGCACUUCCUCUUAUGGCUUUAACAUACUUGGUAAACUUAAUAACAAGGUGCUUUCAUACGAUGAAGAGGAUAUAUUUUUCUUAAAGAGUUUUGAUCUUCCUAAUAGGAGAGAUUUCGAUAGUAGGGACAUUGUUUGAGUUCCUCUCAGAGACUAUGGUGCUGACAUCGCCGAUGGGGUCGAUGUGUUUCUGAAGCGCAACCAGAACGUGGGACGCAGUUCAAUGAAAGCAUCGCUCUCUGUUUCCUAACAGCGGUUGCUUCUAACACUGCAGGCAUUUUUCUCUUGUUUUGUUGACAGAGUAUUUAUGAUUUUAUCCCUCUUAUGACCUGUUUGUACAUAUGCAUAUUAAAAAGCCUUUUGCUAAUAAUGUUCAGAUAAUUGAUCAAUAUUUUUUUUUUCCAAUUUUUAAUAAAAUAAAGAAAAUGAAGAGAACUUAAA